CUGAGAUUGGGGAUUUUGAUGAAACCAUAGAUCGUGAACACUUGGCGAAGAACAAGUAUAUACCUCAGCAAGAAGCACUAGAAGACAAAAUCAUGGAAUUUCACCGUAACCACGCGGGACAGACACCAGCAGAGUCAGACUUCCAGCUUUUGGAGAUUGCCCGUCGGCUGGAGAUGUAUGGAAUACGCUUGCAUCCAGCCAAGGACAGGGAAGGGACAAAAAUCAAUCUGGCUGUUGCCAACACAGGCAUUCUGGUGUUUCAGGGUCACACCAAGAUCAAUGCCUUCAACUGGGCUAAGGUUCGAAAGCUGAGCUUCAAGAGGAAACGUUUUCUUAUCAAACUACGGCCUGAUGUGAAUAGUUCAUUUCAGGACACCCUGGAAUUCCUUAUGUCCAGUCGAGAUUUUUGCAAGUCUUUUUGGAAGAUCUGUGUGGAGCAUCACGCCUUUUUCAGGCUUUUUGAGGAACCUAAACCAAAGCCCAAACCUGUUCUUUUUUCUAGAGGUUCAUCAUUUAGGUUCAGUGGUCGGACUCAGAAGCAAGUCCUUGACUAUGUUAAAGAAGGAGGGCACAAAAAAGUGCAGUUUGAAAGGAAACACAGCAAGAUUCAAUCCAUCAGGAGUCUGACUGCACAGCCUUCAGAACAGCAUACAGAGGUGCCAAAACAAGUCAGUGAUAGCUCUAGCUUUGCCUAUGGAGACGACAGUGAUACUGCAGCAGUGCAGAGCUGCCGGCAAGGAAAGGAAUUGAAAGCAUCACCAGAAGACACUGGACAGCACAAGAGUCAUUCCUUGAAGAAGAGCCCAAAGGAAGGCAAAAAGGUGGAUGGAGCAGUGGUGUCAACAGUGGAGGAAGAAGAGGAGGCUGCUAAGGACAGGAUGCAGCAGAACAGACCUCAAUCACAGCAACCAAGCACAGGUUCUCUGACUGGCAGCCCUCACCUUUCAGAGCUCUCCAUCAAUUCCCAAGGAGGCCCAUCGGUGGCAAAUAUGUCUUUAUCUCCAAACUUGAGCCCUGAUGCCAAGCAGCCAUCUCCUUUGAUCAGCCCUUUGCUGAAUGACCCAUCAUGCGUCAGGACUGAUGAUGAGGAAGAGGUCAAAAGAAAGAGAUUCCCAACUGAGAAAGCUUACUUCAUUGCUAAAGAAGUGGCGACCACAGAACGAACAUACCUGAAGGACCUUGAAGUCAUCACAUCGUGGUUUCAGAGUGCAGUGAGUCAAGAGGAUUGCAUGCCUGAAACACUGAAAAAUCUCAUUUUCUCCAACUUUGAACCUUUGCACAAAUUUCAUGCUGGUUUUCUCAAGGAAAUUGAGCAGAGACUUGCUCUGUGGGAAGGCCGCUCUAAUGCUCACAUUAAAGGAGAUUACCAAAGAAUUGGAGAUGUUAUGCUAAAGAACAUUCAGAGUAUGAAGCAACUGACAAUUCACCUGUGGAAGCACAAUGAGAUUUUAAUGGAGUUGGAGAACGGGAUCAAGAACUCUCGCAAGCUGGAGACCUUUUGCAGAGAUUUUGAGCUACAGAAAGUCUGCUACUUGCCUCUCAACACCUUCCUUCUCAGACCUUUACACAGGCUGAUGCACUACAAGCAGAUAAUGGAGAGGCUUUGCAAACACUACCCACCAAGCCACAUUGACUUCAGGGAUUCAAGAGCUGCUUUGGCUGAGAUUUCUGAAAUGGUGGCUCAGCUCCAUGGCAAUAUGAUAAAGAUGGAGAACUUCCAGAAGCUGCAUGAACUCAAGAAAGACUUGAUAGGCAUAGACAAUCUGGUGAUCCCAGGAAGGGAGUUCAUUCGACUGGGCAGCCUCAGUAAGUUGUCUGGAAAAGGUUUACAGCAACGGAUGUUCUUUCUGUUUAACGAUAUCUUGUUGUACACAAGUAGAGGCCUGACAGCAUCAAAUCAGUUCAAAGUGCACGGGCAUCUCCCACUGUAUGGCAUGACAAUAGAAGAAAGUGAAGAGGAAUGGGGGGUUCCUCAUUGUCUAACACUGCGAGGUCAACACCAGUCCAUCGUUGUUGCUGCAAGUACCCGCUCUGAAAUGGACAAGUGGACUGAGGACAUUCAGAUGGCAAUAGACCUGGCAGAGAAAAGCAGUGGCCCUGCCCCAGAGUUACUGGCUAGCAGCCCACCUGACAACAAGUCUCCUGAUGAAACUACUGUAGACCAGGAAUCUGAGGACGACCUCAGUGCAUCCCGCACCUCACUCGAACGUCAGUCACCACACCGUGGCAACACUACGGUGCACGUCUGCUGGCACAGAAAUACCAGUGUUUCAAUGAUCGACUUUAGUAUUGCUGUGGAGAACCAGCUGUCUGGGAAUCUCCUCAGAAAAUUCAAAAACAGCAACGGGUGGCAGAAGCUUUGGGUGGUGUUCACCAACUUCUGUAUGUUCUUCUAUAAAUCGCACCAGGACAAUCAUCCUUUAGCCAGCCUUCCUUUAUUGGGAUAUUCACUUACCAUCCCUUCCGAAUCUGAAAACAUUCACAAAGAUUAUGUGUUCAAGCUACAUUUCAAGUCCCAUGUGUACUACUUCAGGGCUGAAAGUGAAUACACGUUUGAAAGAUGGAUGGAAGUGAUCCGAAGUGCCACCACCUCUGCCUCUCGCACCCGAGCUCUGAGUCAUAAAGAGCCUCAUGCCUAUUGAUGGCUAAACAAGCCGCCGUGUUGAUUGUCCAGCAGCUGCUGUUUUUCUAGAGGACGUUUGAAACUCUUGUCUCCCUCCAAGUUUAGGAAAACUUACACUUUGGUAAAAGCAAAGAAACGAAAAUCAGUAUCGUUUUGCAGAACCAUCACAAUUCCUCGGCAAAACUGUUUAAGUUCUCCGUAUGUUCAGGCUCGCGUACCAUCAUCCCAGUGGCUGCGGUUCGUUUCAUGUCUUGUAUUUUGUCAUUCUGUGCUGUUUUUAGCUUGUGCCAGUAUUAAAAUAUUGUCCUUAUUAGAGUGCCAAAUGCCAAAAGACAUUUUGUUGCCUCAAAGAUUGCACCUAAAACAAAAAGAAAAGAUGACUUCACAGUCUGAACACUUUCUCCUCUGAGGCAAACACUAUUUCUUCUCUUUUCAUAAAAAUAUAUUAUUUUUUUUUACCAUGUUAAUCUGUAGACUGCUGGAUUUUUAAAUGUAGAUGGACUUUCACAGUAUAGAAUAUAAUUAUAUAUACAGCAAGCAGUCUAACAGGAAUGAGGUAACUUUCAGAUUUCAUCUUUUUCCCCAGUCUUUCUACAUUUAAUCAGCAAGGAAUUACUAAUUUUCUAUCUUUAACAAGGAAACAGUUUACAGCUCCUUCUCAUUUCCCUUCGGGGUUACAAAUCCACGUGGUAUAAAUAAAGUAUAGGAUUCUUAUCUAACCCUUUUCUUGGUGCAAGUUGACCAAACUGUUCAUCUGUUGGCUUUGAAAAGUGAAUACUACUUGCAAGAUGGAAUCUUUUUAGAAUAAUCCAGUGCAAUAUUAUUUGGGCUGAUAAUGUACUGUGAAUGGUAUGUACAAGAAGAAAUUAAAGGCUGUGGUGACA